GUGGGUUCGAGUCCCAUCUGGGGUGAUUAUUUUUGCUUUGAGUGAAAGCUUUUGUUUUUGAUGAACAACGAUGAUGACGAUGACGAGAAAUGUUUCAAGCAAUUAAAAUUACCAGCAUCCGAAAAACAGCGCUUCAUCGGCUUUUGAGAUAAAAUCAGCUGACAGACAUGGAGAAACAGAGCAUCAAACUGUGCGUACUGCUGAGCACUUUGGCUGCAUCAGUGCAAACUUACCAGCUCCAAGAGGCCACUGUGUACUGGGAUGGUGCCCAGAAAAGUGUGAUCCUGAAGGAGGGGGUGAUGGAGACAGAGGGGGGAGCUUAUGGUUACUUCAAUGACACUCUGCUCCUCUCUGGAUGGGGCGUCUUGGAGAUCUGCGCAGGUCAUGGAGGGAUCACACAGGAAGAUGAGACCACCUUCUUCCUGGCUGGGUACCUGGAAGGUUAUCUCACUGCUGGACAGAUGUUCAGUCAUUACUCCAACAUGUACCCUCAACUCCUGAAGGAUGAGAAGGUUUUGAAUCCCCUGAAAAGGUUUUUAAGCCAGCAGGACCAGUGGGCCAGAGAGCAGGUGAGACUGAGGAGAUACAGCGAGCCCUUGUGGCAGCAUCUGGGACUGAUCCUGGCCCAGCUGGACGGACUCCACGCUGGAGCUGCACAGUGGGCCAAAAGCAAACACAGAGAGCCUCUCUCAGCAUUCGCCUUGCAGUUUCUGAAUGGGGUUGGCGACCUCCUGGACCUCGUCCCAGCUCUGACGCCUCGCUCCAACUCCUCCACAGGGGCCGGCACUUUCAGGAUGCCAGGAAUGGGCCACUGCACUGCUCUCAUCAAGGUGCUGCCCGGCUUUGAGAACCUGCUUUUUGGCCACUCUAGCUGGUAUACGUAUGCAGCCACCAUGCGUAUCUAUAAACACUGGGACUUCAGGGUGUCUGACACACACACCGCCACUGGAAAGAUGUCGUUCAGCAGUUACCCUGGCUUCCUGGUGUCUCUGGAUGACUUCUACCUGCUUGGCAGCGGCCUGCUGAUGACUCAGACCUCCAUCGGUGUCUUCAACGUCUCUCUGUUCUCCCAGCUGGACCCUCACAGCCUGCUGGCCUGGCAGAGAGUCCGCCUGGCCAACAGCCUGGCGCACAGCGGAGAGGAGUGGGCGCACAUCUUCUCCAAAUACAACUCAGGUACAUAUAACAGCCAGUACAUGGUGGUGGACCUGAGCAGGGUUUCUCUGGGUCACAGUAUCACGGAUGGAGCUCUGACUGUGGUGGAGCAGAUUCCCGGGAAGGUGAUGCACUCUGAUCAGACUCAAGUUUUACGCAAAGGUUACUGGCCAUCCUACAACAUACCAUUUCAUGUUGAAAUCUACAACCUGAGUGGGUACGGUGUGAUGUGGAAGAGAUACGGACAGGACUUCUCUUACGACCUCUGUCCCCGAGCCAAAAUCCUCCGCAGGGACCAGGCCAAGGUGUCUGACAUUGGCUCCCUCAAAUUCAUCAUGAGAUACAACAACUACAAGAGAGACCCCUACUCCAAGGGCCAUCCAUGUAAAACCAUCUGUUGCCGUAACGACCUGAGACCAAGGAGACCACGUCCAGGAGGUUGCUAUGACACUAAGGUGACGGACUACAAUAUGGCUGUCCAGCUUGCCGCAGAGGCAAUAAACGGCCCCACGACGCAGGGCCUGCGUCCGUUCUCAUGGCAAUCCUUCAAUCUCACAACUCAUCAGGGUCUCCCACACACCUACAAUUUUCCCUUCCUCCGUAUGAGGCCCACACUGCAUCGUCCCUGAGAGCACAGAUACAAAAAAAAUAUCCUACCAUCUAGGUAGAACAGGUCAUACUUUCCUGUUCAAAUCAAGAACCAAUGUACUGAACACCUGAGUCCUGGUGCACCUGUGAUUACUGGGCACAAUGUAGAAGCUUAGCAAAAUAUGAUAAAAAAUAUCCCUUUAAUUUGGUCAUAUAUAUAUAAUUGAAAUAUAAGUACAGUUUAAAUUCAGACAGUGCAUCGUCACAACUAAGAAUUGGUUGUUGAAGGGUUAAAUACAGACACGGGACCAUUUCCCAUUGUCAAUAUGCAAUCCAUUUGAAUUUAGUGAAACUAACUGUUAUUUAUUUUAAAGCUGAUGAAUGCCCGUCUGAGGUAGAAGGACUAUUUACUAAUCCAUUAGUACAUAAUGCUAAAAUGCAUUUUGAAAUCAACUUGCUUGUUUUAUCUUAACAUCAACCAUUAGCCACAGAGAUGACCCUAAUGGAAUCACUACUGCUCUCAUUUCUCAGUAUCCAUCCAAGAGUGGCAGCAUUAGGACUUUAUGACUCUUAAUUAACGUGAGGAUUAUGGAUUUAUUAAGAGGGUUUUCCACAGCCUGUGUAAAAGUUUGUUGCACAAGGUUUUGGAUUUUAGACAUCAGGGAAAUGUUAUUAAUUUUUUUAAAUUUUGAAAUCAAUUUAUUUGUUUGUUUUUUGGUUUUGUUUUAAGUUAUAUGGAAUGUUUCCUCAGGUUUAUACAGUGUUGAACAAAACGGUCCAA